AGACGUCCCGAAAUUUUCUUUGGCAGCUUCCGCUGGAUACUCUUUUAUGAAAAGGCGCUGCAGCUCCCACCGUUCGAUCAGAGCACCUUCCACCUUUCCUAAUAUCACGCCGUUCGUUGGUUCAAGGAACGCACAGCGGCUAGCUGGGGAGGGCGUUCCAUUCCCACCACACGAGAGACAACGGAGAUAGCGGGAUAGAGAGGAGCAGCGCAGCGAGGAUAUAUAUAGCUGCAGCGCAUCGCAAUGGCCGAUGGCUCUUGGGGUCCAGCGGCGUUACGAAGCCCUUUCCUCCGCUUCCCCUUCCUCCCCAUGGCUGCGGGGCAUUGCAACGGUGUUUGCUCUCGACGCGCGAUCUCUUCUUUCUCUUCGAGCCCUAACACUAGCGCCCCGCCCUCAUUGCUCGUCUUUUCAGGGGGAACUGCAUUUAAUGGUGUCAUAGAAGAAUUAAAAAAGGUAACAACUCAAGUUGCACAUGUUCUUCCUGUUUCUGAUGAUGGAGGAAGCACAGCCGAGAUUGUUCGUGUGCUUGGUGGGCCAGCUGUAGGGGACAUACGAUCAAGAUGUUUGAGAUUGUCUGAUGAAAGCACUUUUGAAGCUCUUGCUGUUCGCCGAUUGCUUGGGCACCGCUUAUCUCUUGAUGCAUCAGAAGCCAAAACAGAGUGGUAUGAAAUCGUUGAAGGGGAGCAUUAUUUGUGGAAUGGUGUAUCACAACCUUACAGGGAAACAAUCCGUGCAUUUCUGGUUUACUUUCAAAAUCAGAUCCUCAGACGCUCAAACGAAUCAUUUUGUUUCAGCAAUGGCAGUAUUGGGAAUUUCUUCUUUGCUGGAGCACGCAUAUUCUUUCAGUCAUUAGAUGCUGCUAUAUUCUUGUUUUCACGUGUUUCAGAGAUUCCUACAGAAAGUCUUGUACUUCCUGUCAUUUCCACCAAUGACAGGCUCACUUUGGGGUGUGAAUUAUGGGAUGGAACCAUUAUACGUGGUCAAAAUGAAAUUUCACACCCAACUAGUGGAUGUAUGGAACCCAUAAACAAGGAUUGUACUUCAACUACAGCACUGCCGUCUAGAAUUAAGCGGGUUUUCUACAUGUCAAGUGAGGGUACCAAUUUGUUGCAUGAGGUGUUCCCUGCCGCUAACCCUACAGUUUUGGAACAGUUGGGUAAAGUUGAUUGCAUUGUUUAUGCUAUGGGCUCUCUUUUCACUUCCAUCUGCCCGUCAUUGGUAUUGCAUGGUAUUGGUGAGGCUAUUGCCUCGAGAUCUAUUCCCAAGGUACUUCUAUUAAAUGGUUCACAUGAUAGAGAAACAACUGGUUUAUCAGCUUCUGGCUUCGUUUCCGCAAUUACAGAUGCUCUAAACCGAACUUAUGGAGACCCCGACAAAAGUCUAAAGAAACUUCCCAGUGAUUACAUCAACUCAUUGUUGGUUCCUAGAGACGGUCAAGUCACUGUGGAUGUUCAUCAUUUGGCUGAUCAAGGAAUUUUUCAUGUGGUAGUAUGAAAAGAAGGGAAAGACCGGAGGUGACAUGGAUGGAGGUUGUGAGGAACGUUGUGGAAAAACUAGGAAUAACAUCAAAGGUGACCCUAAAUAGGAAUACUUGGUGAAUGAGGAUCCAUGAAAAGCCAAUUCUAAAUAUUUGGAAAAAGGCUAGAUGGUUAUGGUUAUUGUGUCUUGGCAUCCUUAUUAUACCUUUUAGCCGCAGCGAAAAGGGUUGUUUCUGGUUCUGCUCCUGUUGUUUGAAUUCAACAUUCUCUAGAUUUCUACACUCUGGAUUCUGUACUUGGAAGGGAAAUUAAACUUUUUUUUUAAAUAUUCCCAAUCAUUAAUUUUAAAUGAAAUGUCAGCUCAAUUUGUCUUAAAGCCAAAUCCUGUUGUCACUUUUCUCUGGCAAAAAUUGAUUCAACCGACAAGUUUUUCAGCACGAUUUUAAAUGGUACAGAUCUGUGAAAUUUUCAUUAAAUUUAUUGCUUAUGACAAGUCUUCAUUAAACAUGCCUUAAGUGCAAUCUGGCUUUUAAAUGAUUUAUUUAUUUAGUUUCAGUUAGUAUCUUGAAGAUUAAACUGCCUUGUCUAUUUUAUUCUUAUCCCCAUUAAUUUCCAAAGUUUUUUUUGGGCUCUAUAAAGUUGAUUCUGCUUCUGUUAGCUAUUUAUUUGCUGGUGCUUCCUGAGAAAUCAGAAUGUGCAUGGAUUCUUCAAACAUACAUAAAGUCAAACUGCUAAAAUCUUGCAAGCAUUCUUCUUCUUUGAGGCAGUUAAGUUUAUAUUUGGAGCAAAUUUCUUGGUACAAAAUUGAGAAUGCAAAGCAACGGUUGCUUGAAUUGGUUCUUGUGUUUAUUACCAGAAUACAUUUGUCAUUGGAUACAAUUGCAUCCAUUUUUCAUGGAAUCAUGGUUUAGAUCAUCCCCUAGAAUAGAGCUUUAGCAUGUGCUUUCUCGCUUUUUUAUAUUGUUUUGGAUCCACUAUCUAAUUUGUUGUCAGUGUAAUUACUACUUGAGUAUGA